CACCAUAGCAUCAGCGGGUGAACGGAGGAAGCGUAGCAACACCAAUUUAAAGUGAGCGUAAGUUAGGCGGGACGAGACCUAGCUAUUGGUCUUCCUUACGUAAACGCGGUAUUCGAAAACGAGGCGGUGGAUGGCACGCGUGGUACAUGGCCUUGCAGACGACCAGACGUUGAGCAGUGCCGUAUCUGCAGCGUCGAGGACGAGAGAGACAGCGAGCUCGAGCGUGGCGGCAGACGCGAGUGGCUAGGCGCUGUUUGGACCAAACAGCAUGAUCAACGCGACUGCACGACCCAAUCCGUCUCUCGGCCACCCGACCCAUCCCCUCCUCCUCCCGCCCACCAUCCAGCUCCCCAUGAUUGGUCCUUUGGGCCCCCUUCCGCCCAACAGACCCCCGCAGAACCAGCAGCAGCAGCCCCAGCCACCGCCCCAGCAACAGGGCCCACAGCAGUCCGAAAUACCCGUCCCACCACAGAGCGGCCAGGACUUCACCCUCUCCAACGUCCUACACUUCCUGCAGACCGAAUGGAGGAGAUAUGAACGCGACAGAAAUGAGUGGGAGAUUGAGCGGGCGGAAAUGCGGGCGCGAAUAGCCCUGCUCGAGGGCGAGCGGCGCUCCUUCGACAAUGUCAAGCUCGACCUUAUGCGCCGAAUCAAAAUGCUCGAGUACGCCUUACGCGUCGAGCGUUCAAAGCAACUAGCCCAACCGGCUUCGCAGGCCGUCCCUCUUACGAAACUGGCAACGUUGCAGGCACAGCUGGGCGAGAAGAAGGAUGACGCUUACAGUCAUAAAGAAGAAAGCAGCGGAAGCUCGCCACGGAGUGAAGAUUCACCGCUUCCUCCUGAUCGCAUGUCAACUGGCUCUGUGAAUGGUGCUGUCACGAACGCUUCAAGUAGAGGCCAGACAUGGAUGGGCAUGCCCAAUGGUGCGGCGGGAACUAUCGGUCAUAUGGGCAAGCCACCGCCGGGGCGCGACCCAAAGAGCAGAGCACGAAGCCGGGAUUACUUGAAACAAUGUCUUCAGGAAAUCUCGUAUCUCACGUCCCCUCAAGCGGUCAACCCGCUUCCGAACCGUCCUCUGCUCAACAACACCACCCUGCCUCUCCAGCUUCCCAAUGCUCCGUAUGAUCAGAUGCCAUACAAUGGCCGUCCGCGAAAACUGAUGCCUGAGGUCGGCAAGGACUAUUCCGUCAUGAACGGCAUGAACAUGGCGACGGGCCCGUCCUCUGCACCUGCCAUCCCGCAAGGUAACCCGCUGGAGCGCAAUAACAUGGGCUCAGGCCUGCUAGGUGCUGCGCAAAACCUGCAGGCGAACUCAGCUCAACAACAGCAGUCUCAGCUUGGACAGCCCUCCCAGCCCAGUCAGCUGUCGAACGAGGCUUCCGACAACAGGGACAAGGACGGUGACGAUGAGCAGGCGCUGGGCACAGCGAUCUUCCGUCCGGACGCAGACUUCCGGGAGAAGCUGCGCUUGUCGCAGGAGGCCGCGGAGCGGGCACGACUCGAGCAGUCUGGACAGCAUAGCAUGCCCAUCAGUGGUGCUGCAUCAUGGGAGCGGCGUGCAAGGGAUGAGGAUGAUGAGGGCAAGGACGAGGAGCCCGAGGUGGAGGAGGACGAGUCCAGUGUGAUCGGAGAGGGUGAAGAGACCAAGGCGUGGAAGGCGAAACGAACACUGCGGAAUCAUCUCGAUGCCGUGCGCGCCAUUGCAUUCCACCCGUCCGAGCUCUGUCUGGCCACGGGCGGAGACGACAUGACCGUGAAGAUCUGGCGCGUCGACGUAGCCGGCCUCGCGUCUUCAGCGUCGCGCCCCACCACGGAGAUUGAGCCCCAGCUCACGCUUCGCGGGCACUCCGCCGCGAUCACCCGGCUGGUGCACGCGCCCUCGAAGCAGCUGCUCUACUCCGCCUCGUUGGACUCGUCCAUCCGGAUAUGGGCGCUGCCUCCUUCGUCCCACACGACGUACGCGCCCUACGACGCCACGCGCGCCCGCGGGGAGCUCAUCGGCCAUACCGACGCUGUGUGGGACCUCGCAUUGGUGCGCGACGAGAGUACGCUCAUCAGUUGCGGUGCCGAGGGAGCGGUCAAAGUCUGGGACGUGAGUGGUCCGUCAGGCGGGGGCUCGCUCAAGCUGUCGUGGUCGUUCGACGGCCUAGACGCAGGCGAGCCGCAGAACGAAGGCGACGCGCCCGGCGCGACCGCUGUGGAGGCGAUCAAGACCGAUCUCAAAAAGGUCGCGGUGGCGUACCAGAACGCGGUCAUCAAGAUCUUCGACAUCGAAAACGGCAAGGAGCUCGUGCGGCUGCAGACUGAGCCUGCGGAAGAUGGCAUCUCGUCGCAGGCAAACAACAUCGUGUCCCAUCCCACGAUGCCGCUUUUGAUCACCGGGCACGAGGACAAACACAUCCGCAUCUUCGACAUCUUGACCGGGCAAUGCACGCACUCGAUGCUCGCGCACCUCGACGCGGUGACGUCGCUCUCGAUCGACGCCGCGGGCUUCUCGCUCGUGUCCGGGAGCCACGACUGCUCCGUCCGGUUCUGGGACGUGCUCGGGUCGCGCGCGUGCGUGCAGGAAAUCCCGAGCCACCGAGAAAAGGCGCGCGAGGGCGUGCUCGACACCGAGUUCCACCCGACGCUGCCGAUCAUGGCGAGCGCGGGCGCGGACGGCGUCAUCAAGCUGUACGCGUCGUGAGCGGCGGCGGCCCGUGGUGUGGUCCUGGGGGUCGAGGUCGGCGGGUGGGGUUGUAAUGUUGUGGUGACCUGUCUACAUGCCACCUGGUAAUUCUGCGUGUAUUUGCUCUGUUCUCGCCGCUGUUCACUAAUAUACCUCGCUACGAAUCUGAUGACCAUAAUUCAUGGCUUGGCACGUCCAUACCUCAGACUUACCAGGUCAACUUUGUUUCAAAGGUGGUUGAUACCAUGAACCGAAAUGUAUUGGGACAGAUUUGGAGAGGCUAUGCUACACAGAUGUUACGAGCCGGAGAGAGGGUAACGAAUACACAUGUGGAUUGAACCGGGAU